AAUUUAUAGUUAAUAGCAUAAAUUAACUGCUGUCAAAAGGUUGGCAGCCUUCAAGAGAAGUAGAGGAAAAUGAAAGUAGGCACACAGGCAAGCAUGGGUUUGGAGAGAAGGGAUGGUUCGGUUCCAGCUGACACACAAGCCAAUGGUCCCCCUGGAGAGCAUAAAUUGGAAUUGUUUGGUUUUGAUUCUCUUGUUAACAUUCUAGGUCUCAAAAGUAUGACGGGGGAGCAUGUUCCAACACCUUCUAGCCCUAGGGAUGGUGAAGAUGUCUCCAUCACAGAUGGACGUCCAAAGCCCUCUGAUGUCAAACUGGGUACAAUGAUGGGUGUAUUUGUUCCGUGUUUGCAAAACAUAUUGGGAAUUAUCUACUAUAUCCGAUUUUCUUGGAUUGUUGGCAUGGCUGGCAUUGGCGAAUCACUACUACUGGUUGCAUUUUGUGGAUUGUGUACUUUCUUGACUUCAAUAUCUUUGAGUGCAAUUGCAACUAAUGGAGCCAUGAAGGGUGGGGGUCCAUAUUAUCUCAUAGGGCGUGCCCUUGGUCCCGAGGUGGGAGUUAGCAUUGGAUUAUGUUUCUUCCUCGGCAAUGCUGUUGCUGGAGCACUUUAUGUCUUGGGAGCUGUAGAGACCUUUUUAAAAGCUAUGCCUGCUGCUGGGAUCUUUACUGAGACUACGACAAAGGUUAAUGGCACAAUAUCAGAACCGGUACAGAGUAUAAGUUCACAUGACCUUCAAAUUUAUGGGAUUGUUGUGACUAUCAUCCUAUGCAUUAUUGUUUUUGGUGGUGUGCAAAUGAUAAAUCGUGUUGCACCUGCUUUCCUCAUCCCUGUAUUGUUCUCAGUAUUGUGCAUAAUUAUUGGGAUCUUUGUGGCAAGGAAUGAUCAUCCUGUAGUUGGAGUUACGGGCCUGAGUUUGGAAAGCUUUAAGCACAACUGGGCUUCACAGUAUCAGAAAACUAAUGAAGCUGGAAUCCCUGAUGCUGAUGGAAAAGUGAACUGGACUUUCCAUGCAUUGGUUGGUCUCUUUUUUCCUGCUGUGACAGGAAUUAUGGCAGGUUCAAAUCGAUCAGCCUCACUGAAGGACACUCAACGCUCAAUACCAAUUGGAACAUUGGCUGCAACUCUUUCAACGACUGGACUGUAUCUAAUCUCUGUCUUACUUUUUGGAGCUGUUGCAACUAGAGAAAAGCUUUUGACAGACAGGCUGCUUACAGCUACAGUUGCUUGGCCCUUCCCAGUGAUUGUUCAAAUUGGAAUUAUUCUUUCAACCUUAGGUGCAGCCCUUCAGAGCUUGACAGGUGCCCCUCGUCUUCUUGCAGCAAUAGCUAAUGAUGAUAUCCUCCCCAUCCUCAAUUAUUUUAAGGUUGCAGACGGGAAUGAGCCUUACAUUGCUACCCUCUUUACUUCGAUCAUCUGUGCUGGGUGUGUCAUUAUUGGAAAUCUGGAUCUUAUCACACCAACUAUAACUAUGUUUUUCCUUCUGUGUUAUGCUGGUGUAAAUUUGUCAUGCUUCCUUCUGGAUCUCCUAGAUGCUCCCAGUUGGCGUCCUAGGUGGAAAUUUCACCACUGGAGCAUCUCUCUGCUUGGGGCCAUUAUUAAUAUUGUUAUCAUGUUCUUGAUCUCUUGGUCAUUUACCAUUGUGUCUCUGGCCCUUGCAACUCUCAUAUAUUACUACGUGAGCCUUAAAGGAAAGGCUGGGGACUGGGGUGACGGUUUCAAAAGUGCAUAUUUUCAACUAGCCCUCCGCAGUCUUAGAUCAUUGGGAGCAAACCAAGUACACCCAAAGAACUGGUAUCCCAUCCCAUUGAUAUUCUGCCGCCCAUGGGGAAAGCUGCCAGAAAAUGUACCAUGCCAUCCCAAACUUGCUGACUUUGCCAACUGCAUGAAGAAAAAAGGCCGUGGAAUGUCCAUAUUUUUCUCUAUACUAGAUGGGGAUUAUUAUGAAUGUGCUGAAGAUGCCAAGGCAGCCUGCAAGCAGCUGGGUACCUAUAUUGAGUAUAAGCAAUGUGAAGGUGUUGCAGAGAUAGUUGUAGCACCUACUAUGACUGAAGGCUUUCGUGGCAUUGUACAGACAAUGGGCCUUGGCAAUCUCAAACCCAAUAUUGUGGUGAUGCGGUAUCCUGAAAUAUGGCGGCGUGAAAACCUAACUGAAAUCCCAGCCACAUUUGUGUCAAUGAUCAAUGACUGCAUUGUUGCAAACAAGGCAGUCGUCAUUGUCAAGGGCCUUGAUGAAUGGCCCAACGAAUACCAAAGGCAAUACGGUACCAUUGACUUGUAUUGGAUUGUAAGAGAUGGUGGUCUGAUGCUUCUUCUGUCUCAGCUGCUUCUCACAAAAGAGAGCUUUGAGAGCUGUAAGAUUCAGGUCUUUUGCAUCGCAGAGGAGGACUCAGAUGCAGAGGCACUCAAGGCUGAUGUCAAGAAGUUUCUAUACGAUCUUCGAAUGCAAGCAGAAGUGAUUGUCAUAACAAUAAAGUCAUGGGAUUUGCAAGUAGAGGGCGGAGGUCAACAAGAUGAAUCACUAGAAGCAUUUACUUCUGCUCGGAAGCGGAUUGCUAAUUACUUGACUGAUAUAAAUACAGCAGCUGAGAAAAACAGGACACCAUUGAUGGCUGAUGGCAAGAAUGUGAUAGUAAACGAGCAACAGGUGGAGAAGUUUCUUUAUACAACCCUGAAGCUUAACUCGACAAUAUUAAGAUACUCUAGAAUGGCUGCUGUAGUGCUCGUAAGUCUACCACCACCUCCAGCCAACCAUCCGGCAUACUGCUACAUGGAAUAUAUGGAUUUGUUAGUGGAAAAUGUAUCAAGGAUGUUGAUUGUAAGAGGAUACCGUAGAGAUGUUGUAACUCUCUUCACGUAGUUCCAGAAAGAUUCCUUCUUCAGACUGUAACUGCCAUACUGUCCAUACGGGCUCAUCUACCCUCUUUCAUUUUUGUAGCAUGACUAAUUACAUUCAUUCUUUUUGCUGCCAUUCCCAUCAAUGGCAUUUGUUGUCUCAUUACUAGUUCUUUCUUUACAAAGAUUAUAAAUGAUAGUCCCAUUUGGGAUUAGCCAACAUCAUUCCUUUGGUUGACUGGGUUACAUUCAAUCUGG